UUCGUUUAUGUGACCUUGUGUAAUUUUAGCUAACUCGUGAUAAACCUACCUAUUUACCAGUCACGAAUGUAGUUUUGCCCAUAUAUAAGAAGUAUUUCCAGGUUGAAAGCCAAAAGCGACAGGUACGCGCAGCGAUCGAUUGACUAUUGAGAAUGUCAGAAAAGGACAGUAAUGGCGCAAUGGUGGACAACAGUAAAUCCUUCGCGAGACCUGAAGACAGCCGCGCUGCUCUGGUCGAGCCGAUGGCGAUAGAGGAGCACGAGGUAGUCGUCGAGGAUGACCGAGAGAAAUGGGGUAAAAAAUUGGACUUCAUGCUCUCGUGCGUUGGUUACGCGGUGGGGCUGGGCAAUGUUUGGAGGUUUCCAUACUUGUGCUACGAAAAUGGUGGAGCAACUUUCUUGAUACCAUACUUUGUGAUGCUUGCAAUCAAUGGGAUCCCUUUGUUUUAUAUGGAACUGGCAAUCGGUCAAUACCUGAGUCUUGGAACUGUUGGUGCCUGGACAGCUCUCUGCCCUAUGGCCAGAGGAAUUGGAUUUGGAAUGAUUAUGGUUUCCUUUCUGGUGUCCAUUUAUUACAACAUGAUCAUCGCCUGGUGCCUUCUCUACAUGUUUCAGUCCUUCAGAAAAGACGUACCGUGGAGAACAUGUGACAAUACAUGGAACACUCCUCUUUGUCAAGCAACGGGAAGAAAUAUCUCAUUGAACUGCACAGGUCUAGGCCUCGCCGCUGACUGCAAGAGUACCAGCCCAUCUGAAGAAUUCUUUAACAAUAACAUCCUGAAGAUAUCCGAAGGCUUGUCUGACAUCGGGGAUGUGAGUUGGCAAAUCGUCUUGUGUUUGAUCCUUGCUUGGGUCAUAAUCUACCUUUGCCUUAUAAAGGGAGUGAUAUCCUCUGGAAAAGUUGUUUACUUUACUGCUACUUUUCCAUAUAUUGUACUUUUUAUCCUGAUGAUCCGCGGUGCCACUCUGGAUGGUUCGUUACAAGGAGUAAAAUUUUAUCUCAACCCGGAAAUCGGCAAGCUGAAGGAUCCACAGGUUUGGGUUCGAGCUGCAUCGCAGAUCUUUUACUCCCUCGGAGUAGGAUUUGGAUCACUGAUAACGUUUGGAAGCUACAACAGAUUCAAUAACAACUGUGAAAGGGAUGCUAUCAUCGUGAGCGUAAUAAAUUGCGGUACAAGUUUCUUCGCGGGAUUUGUAGUGUUUAGUGUUUUAGGAUUCAUGGCUAAGACAUUGGAUGUUCCAGUGGGCGAAGUGGUUACAUCAGGUCCCGGGCUUGCAUUUGUGGGUUAUCCAGAGGCCAUUUCACAAAUGCCUUUAAGCACAUUAUGGGCGAUCUUGUUCUUUUUCAUGUUGCUUACUCUUGGGUUGGACAGUCAGUUCGCUAUGGUAGAGUGUGUCGUAACAGGUCUUUCAGAUGAGUAUCCAAAAUACCUCAGAAAGUACAAGUGGCUAUUCCUCAUCGCCGUCUGCGUGUUAAUGUUCCUGCUCGCCAUACCCAUGUGUGCUGAGGGCGGCAUGUACUUGUUCAACCUAUUCGACGCUCAGUCAGGCGGCAUCUCACUUCUUUUUAUUGGAUUUUGCGAGGCAGCUGUUAUAGGCUGGGGAGUUGGCACGCAGACACUCGGUGACAUGAUUGAAAAGAUGAUUGGCAAGCGUCCUAAUAUCUUCUUCCUGAUUUGCUGGAAAUACAUUUCGCCUCUUGCUACUCUGGUGAUUAUUCUGGCGAGUUUGAUUCAAUGGUCCGGCCUCUCUUACAACAACAAGCCUUACCCUGCAGGGGGUGAAUUCUUGGGGUGGUUACUCGCACUUGCCUCAAUGGUGAUGAUUCCAAUAUUUGCGAUCCUCCAGUACAUCUACAACUCCAGAGGAACAACUGUACUUGAAAGACUGAAGUCGUUGCUUGUUCCAAAUGAACACGCAUUUAAAGAGGUUGAGGAGAAAGAGGGGAUCUCACAGAAGAAGUUGUUAAUUAAAUGAAACCUUCCAUCAGCCUGUAUCCCCUAUCCUGCAUCAUCUGACGUAUUUGCAAAAUGCACCUUAUAAAAAAAAUUUGGAAAAGCUGUUUUAGUCAGGUUAUCUUAGAAUUUAGUAGUACAAUUGCAUCAGGUUACCUUCUCUGUAAAUAUUACCUCGCACUUAUAAAAGCUGCCAAAGCACUUAAAUAGUUUCAUGAAGGCUUAAUAUAUAAAUACGGUCGCAAUUCCAGUACAUGGUGUUGAUUAGGACAUUCGUGCAGGAAUAUAAUAUUAGAGAUUUUUUAAUAAUUUUAUUAAUUAAAAGAUAGGAUUUCAUUUUUGUUAGCAAUUCUGGAGUGCCCUGAAUUUCUCAUUUGAUUCAAAAUGAGUAAUUAAUCUUGCCUCUUGAGCUGUAUCGGUUCUUUUCCUCGAAAUAGAUGAAUAUCAUCAACUGAUACUCUCUCAAGGGUUUACAAUACGUUAAGCUUCCUUAAUUGCAUGACGAAUUUUUUUUGCCAUAAAAUGUAACUUACAGAAAUGAUAGUGUGAGAAUUAGAGCUUGAAACGAUUUAAACGGAUUAGGAAUGCUGUGCUUAACUUACUUUUUUCAAGAGGCCAAAAACUAAGAAGCACCUUAGGAAAUGUAUAGAUAACAGUAUGGAUAAUGUACCUACUGAUGUUAGGAUGUAAAGGGUUUAAAUCUAUUCUAGUGUUGACGUUUGGAACUGCUGUAGUUUUCUGUAUUUUCAUGAAUUUUAUAAUUGGUGUGGGUGAUGUUAUUUGAUGGUUCGUUAAAUAAACCUUUGAAAAAAACA